GCGCAACACUUCAAAUUCCCACAGGUAUAUAUCAUUAUAAAAGCAACACACAAAGAAAAAUGCAUAUCAAAUAUGCAUUAAUCUGUAUUUUUUUCAAAUAUUGCGUAAUUAACGCCGCUAUAAUCGUAUGGAGUAAUAAAAAAGUUGAAAUUUCACCGCUGCUGCCGUUUGACGAUGAAGAUUUCGAGAAUUUAGUAAAAAAACUGGAUGUAAAUAAAGUGUAUGUGUUUAAAGUGGGAUUGAAAAGUAGGAAUGCUGUUAUUCCUAAAAAUUUAAAGGAAGUCAUAGAUCCCUUCUAUUCUUCGUAUAAUCCAAAUGGGAAUAUUGGGACUUCGAAAGCUAUUGAACUUUCCCUUUCGGAAGACUGCAAUGGAAUAGAGACAAGCAAAAUCCGCAAAACAACAGGCGUUUUAUCAAAUUCUACGAACUUUUUGUGUGUCCUUGACAUAACUUAUCCUCGAAAAAAACGAGAAACUGACGACGAUGGUGUCGAAAGAGAACCAAGGAAAAAUUUUGUGCCACAAGGUCCAGUAAUCUACAUAGGCCAAACAAAGAAAAACCAAAGCGCACUUCUUUACUCUUCUAAACCCUUAAAAUUAGAAGUAAAUCAUAACACCAAAUAUCUUGGCAACACCGAUAAUAGCUUAAUAACAGUUGACAAUAGGUUAAAUAUUCCAAUACCUCUCGAGAAGAAGGGGAACAAAGUUAUUUUACGAUUCGGAAUUUCUUUGAUCAGUGGAUACUGGUACCUUCAAACAGCCAAAGUAGAACUAGUAGGGAAAUCUACAAAUGACAGUUUUAACUUUGAUUUAAGUACAGAAGAAAAUAUAAUGGCUCCAGCUCAUUUUUCAUACCAUUGCAAUGGGCAGUCAAUUUUUUAUGACCCUACUAGUGGUACAAAAUUGACAAUUUACGACCUUCAAGUACAAAUUGAUGCUAAGCAGGAACGGUUUGGUGAUGCAAAUGAUUGUGUUCCUUUUACUACUGCCCCUAUCUGGUCUGGAUUGUUUGUAACCUCUAUUUUGGGUCUUGGACUAAUAGUAGCAGUUACCGCAAUCCUGGAUAUAAAAACAAUGGACAAGUUUGAUGUUCCUAACACCAAAAAUUUAUACAUCAAUGUAAUGGAGUAAAAUCAGUUCCUCGAAUCGCAUAUUAUUUAGAUUAUGGAUUUGCAAAACAUCUUCAUAUUUCUCUAACAAAAUGUUUUCCCAAACAUACAUAUCUAUUUAUAUAAAAGAUAUAGCUUCUAUAGACUCUAAUGUCUAUAUUCCAAUUCUUAUGAUUAAAUAAGAUAUAUUCAAAAUCUAAAAAAUUUCUUGUUAUUAAUAUAGCUUUCUAUCUAAAAAUACAUAAUUCUGUUCAGCAAUAACAGUUCCAUUUGUGACAAUUUUAUUAUCAUUCUAUAUAGGAUGAUAUGAUAAUGAUAUUCACUGUAUAUUUUGUAUUAAUAAACCACAAUUUAUCAACAAUAAACUAUUUAUCUAUAAG